CUAUCCACCACCAAUUUGCAACACAGCGCCUUCACCAGUGUGCAGCCACUGAACUAAGACUAUGUCAUCAGCGACACAAGACUCUCAAACAAAGAACUCUCCCCAUCCGUAUGGUACUAGAGAUGUGUCUGCUCCAGGCGCAUCCGCAAAUUCUUCUGCAGGCGUGCAAAGUCCCGUACCGGAGACCCAUGGGGUAGUCGCAGCCGCCGGCGCAUCGAGAGCCGACGUUGGAAGUGGCCAGAAUGUAUCUGGUCAAGGACAGUCGCCUGCUCCGAGUCAGACGUUAAAUUCAAGCCAGAGUCGAAGUGGUCAGAAGAACUUUGUUGAUGGUCAAAACACCGGAACUGGUAGUGAACGACCUGCUGAAGAAGAGGGUGGAGCUGCUCGCGGUUCAGGUACUGGCGCAUGCAGUGACACAGGCGCAGGACCUGAAGGCGGAUACCCUAAACAGCUGCACGCCGGAAAACUGGAAGGACGUGGACCCGAGUACUGGAAAAUGCAUGGAGUCACUAUUGGUGAGCGAUUGCAAGGCGUGCGCGAAGAGAUUAAAGGAACGAUAAAGCACGACCCCGAGUUGAAAAAGACAGGGAAAGAACGCAUGACCGGCGAGCUGAAGCGCAAGCAGUUGGAUGAGGGGAGCAACGCGGAUCCUUUCAAUACCGCUGGUGGUGACAGCAAGAGUAAAGAUGAUAAGGAGGAAGAAGAAGGGAACGAUUCGAAGAAAACUCGCACGGAAAGGACAGACGAGCCUGGUUUGACGGAGAAUCCGCAAGCACAUCCGACGGACAAGGGUAGGGAAGAGCAAGCCGCUAGUGUACAACCCGAAGGUACAGGAUCCAUGUCUGGUCAGAGCCGAGCGAAAGAAAAUGCUGCAAGCGGUCUGUACUCUCAGUAG